ACCGCUACCUUUGCUGAUUUUUGUUGUUGUACCUUAAGAUUAAAUGUAAGCGAUCCUCGAUUAAAGAACACAUAAGUAGUAAAAUAAUUACAUUUUGAAGUACUUAAAAACUACCCACUGAGAUGCCAAGAUGAGCAACGCUUUGAAAGCCAAGGAAUUACUCAUACGCGCCGUAGAAUGCGACCAAAAUGCUCGAAUUCUGGAGGCGCAAACUCUCUACACGGAGGGGAUCGCUCAACUUAUGCAGUUUGUAAACGGUGAGCAGGAUGAAACCAAGCGAAAGGGAUUCCUAACCAGGAUCAAGGAGUAUAUGGACCGAGCUGAUGCCAUUAAAGCGCGGGUUAAUGGCAAACUCAUGCUUGGCGAGGUGGUCUCGCAUGUUUCCAUCGAUGAGAACGACACUGGCUUCGAUUACGACCAGCUCUUUGGGAAAUACAUGGAUGACAAGACCGUGGAGAUUAUGCUGGAGGAACCCUAUAUGACGCAGAACUAUCAGUAUCAAAACCUUGUGAGAUUUUUAGAACUAGCUGUUACAAACUGCCCAAAUUUAAAGUAUUUUCGCCUGAUCACCAAAGAGUACCAGGAUCAAAAGAACCCCGAUCAACAAAAGACAAACCUUGGACAAAUAAAAGCAGAUUUGGAGCGGAGAAACAUUGCUGUAUCCAUUAAAUACGAAGACACGUUGCACGAUCGGAAAAUCUACUUGAGCAAUGGCUACAUAAUCAAAAUUGGACGGGGUCUGCACUUUUACAAGGCAGCCAAUCCCCUGUAUUCGAUUGGCCUGGUCAACUACAAAUUCCGAAAAUGCCUCCAAACGGAUGUGGAUAUUUGGCGCAACAGCAGCGCAGCAUCCUGAAGCACAGACAAUAUAAUAAUGCUUAGCUUUAAGUGAUACAGCUUCGUUUAUACAUUCUAUUCUCUUACGAUUUUUAUAAAAAUUUCCUUCAAUUUUUUCAAAA